UCGGGUGGACACAUGCGCUCAGUUGGGACAGAACAGGAGCUCCGCUGCAGGAUUCAUGCUGUGCAGGCGGGCUGUGAUUGAGCAGCUCAUGCAGGACCUCCAGUACAAUCUGGAUUUACUGUUUUCCAAUCUCUUAACCAGACAGAAAGAGAGCCGUGGGCACUGCUGAUACACCGUGUCCUUCAAAGUCUAGAGGUUUAUUCUUUACACCUUCACCUGGACCUGAGGUCCUCUCAAUUUUAUUUAUUAAGAAUGCAAUGAAGAAAUGGUGAAGAGAGAGUGAGUGUGAACUGCUCCAGGACACUUUUCAUCAUGAACACGAACGGGCCCUAUCAACACCCCGCUUACAGCAGAGGAAGUGGCAGCUAUGACCAGGCGUCCAUCCACUGCAUGCGCUGCAGAGAUGUCUGUAAAGGAGAGGUGGUGCGAGUGCAAAAUGUCCACUUCCACAUCAGGUGCUUCACCUGCCAAUUGUGCGGCUGUGAUCUAGCUCAAUCUGGAUUCUUCCAGAAGAGAGGUGAAUACAUCUGUACGGAGGACUACCAGCGCCUGUACGGCACCAAGUGUGACAGCUGUGGGGACUUCAUCACAGGAGAGGUGGUGUCUGCGCUGGGACGUACCUACCAUCCCAAAUGCUUUGUCUGCAGCAUCUGCAGGAAGCCAUUUCCCAUUGGUGACAGGGUGACCUUCUGUGGGAAGAAGUGUGUGUGUCAGCAGUGUUCACACACACUUGGGAACAGCAAUGAGCCAGUGAAGAUCCACGGGCCAAGCCACUGUGCGGGGUGUAAUGAAGAGAUAAAACAUGGUCAGUCUCUCCUGGCAUUGGAAAAACAGUGGCACGUCAGCUGCUUCAAAUGUCAAACCUGUGGGAUGGUCCUGACCGGAGAAUACAUUAGCAAGGAUGGGAUUCCAUACUGCGAAUCGGAUUACCAUAACCAGUUUGGCAUCAGGUGUGAGAAGUGUAGCAGGUACAUCAGUGGAAGAGUGUUGGAGGCUGGAGGAAAGCACUACCACCCCACCUGCGCUUGCUGUGCACGCUGUCACGUGAUGUUCAAUGAAGGGGAGGAGAUGUACCUGACAGGUUCGGAGGUCUGGCACCCCAUGUGUAAGCAGGCGGCAAAAAUGGAACGCAAACUUAGACUCAGACGUGCCUCAGAAGCCUCUAUCUCUCCACCUGGUUCCAGUAUCGGCUCUCCCAGUAGAGUGAUAUGUGCUAAACUGCAGAAUGAUAUCCUUCAUUAUAAGUAUCUGGCCGCAAUGCCUAAGAUUAAGUCUAUAUAUGAUGCACAGCGGCCUGAUCUCAUUCCCUACGAGACAGAUCACACAUACUCGUCUGAUGACAGGCUAGAGCGCUACAGCUAUGGCAAGUUUCUGGGAAACCUUUCUCCAUAUUCUCAGGAUAUCUAUGACAGCGUGGAUCUCAGGCACCGGCGCUCAUCUAGCCCUGGUUACAUCGAAUUUCCCACCUUCAGCCAACAGGGCAUGUCUCCUACUGUCCCCCGCUCCCCUAAGAUGUACUAUCGCUCCAGCACUUUGAGUGGCAGGAAUUCACCCUAUUACAGUCAGCUUGAUGCAAGGUCCAGCAUGCCCACCAUCAAUCAAGUACCCAAGCAUUUUCAUGUGCCAGCUUCUGGGGAGUCCAACAUCUACAGAAAAGCACCCAUCUAUAAGAGACAUGACAACAAUGAAAAUGAAGCCACAAAGAGCAAAACGAGCGAGGAUAUAUUGUCUUCUCCUUUCUCGUCGUAUUCUCCAGACCACUAUCAGAACCCUGAGUCAGACUAUUACCAGUACACUGCCUCUCCAAAAGUUACAAGAGCACGGAGAUUUUCUUCAGGUGGAGAUGAAGAUGUAUGGAAUCAGAGCAUUAACAGAAUCCAGGGUGGGAUUGGGAGGAUGAUCCUAAAGGAGGAAAUGAAGGCCAGGUCUGGUUCCUAUGACAAUGACCCCUGGGGCAGUGCCCGCAACUCUCAUGAUGGCAGUAAAGAGACACUGCAUAACGUGGGCUACAGUAACACAGUCAAUGGCUCUCCCAGAUCCCAGUACAGUGCUGAAAGCGAUUCCUUCAUCUCUAAGUCAGCAUCGUUGCCGGGGUACAGCAGAAACUGCCUGAACAGGCCCCGCAGUGCAGACUGUUUUCACUACGACAGCAGCAAUUCAGUCAACAAGACUUCCAGAGACUACAAGAUAUACCCCUAUAAGGCUCUGAUAGUAACUGUUAGAGGACGCAGUCAGCUCCCACAUGAUGUGGACAGAGCAAGAUUAGAGAGACAUCUGUCCCAACAGGACUUCUAUCACGUCUUUGGAAUGACUGUGGCAGAUUUUGACCGGUUGCCACUGUGGAAACGAAAUGAGCUGAAGAAACAAGUCAGACUGUUUUAGAAGCUUAAAGCACAAUACUCAUGCCAAAACUACACAGUGCUGCUCGAUCCAACUGGGUCUGGAGGAACCAAAUGUUGUGGAAUAGAGAUCUGGAUCCCUCAGAAGAAUUGUUCUGGUCAGUUUCAGAUCAGCAGCUGUUGAAUAAAAAUGUGAAGACUGCUCUGCUGCAUAGCUGGAGCAACAGUGGUUGAUUUCUUUUGGUUUGAAUUAUUUCAGUAUUGUUUUUCUAGCUUUUAAGACUUUAAGGAAUAUUUCACCCAAAAAUGUCAAUUCUAUCUUAAUUUAUGUCCCCUCAUGUCGUUCCAAACCCGAAUUACUUUCUUUCUUCUGAUUUACAUUUACCAGAAUGAGAUGUUGGGCUGAAUAUUUGCCUCACCAUUUAUUUUCAUGGCAUCUAUUUUUCCAUUCAGUGAAAGUGAAUGGUGACUGAGGUAAACAUUCUACCUAACAUCUCCUUUUGUGUUCCAGAAAGUCAUACAUUUUGUUUGAACUAUUCCUUUAAUGUCUUAUUGUAUGACAAGAUAAACAUUAAAAGUAUAGUUCACCCAAAAAUACAAUUCUGUCAUCAUUUAUGUUCCAAAACUGCAUGACUAUUUUUUUGGGUGAACUAUCCUCUUUGCCUUUUUAACGAAAUGGAUAUCUCAGUGUCACCUGCUGUUUGGAUCGAAUGUUGAGUAAAUCUAAAAUAUUGCGGCAGAAUGUUGUAAGAACGUCAUUCUCACUAUGCUGUAUGAUGAAUGUUGAGUUUAUGAAGUGAACCGUUUGCUAGUGUGAUAUCUAAUAACAUUUGAACGAGUGUAAUUUGUGUGUUAUAAAACCAAAGUCAUAGAAAUGUAUUUUCUAGUACAUAUCAAAAUGUGCCAUACAAAUUUAGGGGAUGAAUAGCUUAUAUGUACAGGAAAUGAAAAAAUGGCAAAACAAGAAUAAAGCCAAGCAACAUAAUUGAAUUGAUAUAGCGCCACAGAGACACAGUAUUUAGAGUUUUGGAGAAAAUGUACCUGUGAUUGGCUCACUUAUAGUUGUCUCUGCAUAUUAAAGGUGCACUCAGUAACUUUUGUUCUUUUGUCAUCAUGGACAUACACUGACACCUAGCAGCUUGGAGGCUGUAAAAUCUAUGAUGGGACAAAGAUGCCUCAGUUGGUUUCUGGCAGGUUACCCAGCCUUACAAGCUCCAUAUGGUUAGGAUUAGGGUGGGGGCGGGUUUGGGCAUAUGCUGCCUCCCAGGAACAAACGGAGGUCCCUUUGUACAAUGGGCUUUAAAAUCAAUAGGUUUCAGAUGUCAUUGUAGAAAUGUAGUAAUGGAGAUUUAUAGAGUAGUAUUCAGCUGGUCAUGUGACUCUAACAUGGCAGCCCCCAUGUGUGGACCCUCUCCAUGUAGAAUAAAACAGCUUUUAUAAGGUCACUGAUGUGACUGGAGUUUUCAUUUUAAUGUGAGUGCUCAUGAUUUCAUACAUAUAGUGCACAAUUACAACUCGUGUCUUUAAGAGUUAUAAUGAGGGAAUAAAUACUGAGUGCACCUUUAAGAUUGAACAGAAGAACAUAUUUUAAUACUGAAAAAGAUGCAUACUUCUGUUUUAAUUUCUAGAAAGGAAAGACUUGGUUGAUGUUGGGCUUAUUUUUAAAGACAAGUGCUUUUCAGAUGGAUUUUACUGAAAGUAGGAAUGUAUUGAUAUGGAUGUGGCAGGUGUAGAAGUUGUAAUGAUUAAUGAAACAGACAGUGUGGAAUACAUUCAUUUGCUGGACUCGCAAAAUGCACAAACAUGUCUGAAUUUUGUGUGAUCUAACACUAGAAACCUUUAAAAAGCAAUAUUGAAAUUGCACCUGUUGUUUUGAAAAUCGUUGAAACUAAUGAAGUAAUAAACAUCAACUAUAAUAUUUCAUUUCCUGUCUACGUCGUUUUUGCUUUCACGGAAAUCUGUCGAAUAUUGAAGUUUUGCAGGGUUCUCACAAAUUUCGAGCAAUGCAUUUCCAUGACGUUCCUGAUUACUAAGUUUUAAAACAUAAUUUAACAGAUGGCUCUUGCAAAUAGCCAUUUCUAGCAAUAGAAAAAGUUAUGACUGUCACUAUAUUCCGUUUUUUAUAACCGUGGAACUCUUGAUCUCAUGAAACAGCAUUUGCAGCUCAUUUUUCUUCUGUAACGUUAUUACUGUACCCAUCAGAAAAAGUCAAAAGUUCUCUUUAAGGUUGGAAAAAUAAGAGGGCUUGAUGUCAAAACAGUCAUUUUCGAGGUGGAAAAAGCCAUUACAUGACGCACUUUUUUUUUUUUUUAAAACCUUUAAAAUAAUUUUAAUUGAUGAAUCAGAAGUUACAAAAGGCAAAUUUUCAUUUUGUGUUGACAUCAACCCAACAAAGUAUAUUAAAUAUAAAUAUUAAAUUCCACACAAAAGGUCUCCUUUACCUGUCAGACAUAGGUGCUAUGAAACAUAACACCUGUCUGCAACAGCCCUGUUAACAAAUGUAGUAUUUUAACUAUUGCCCCUAUAUUUACACAAUAUCACUAUAAACCCCAAGGGUGGGGUGAAAGGCCCACCUGAAUUUUAAAUCCAAAUCU